AUGGUAUCCGAUGCCGUUUCCAGCGGACAAAGGCCACACGUAGUUUGCGUGCCUUACCCGGCUCAAGGCCACAUCAAUCCGAUGAUGAAAGUGGCCAAACUACUCCACGCUAAAGGCUUCCAUGUUACCUUCGUCAACACCAUUUACAAUCACAACCGUCUCCUCCGAUCCCGUGGACCUAACGCCCUCGACGGACUUCCUUCCUUCCAGUUCGAGUUCAUUCCUGACGGUCUACCGGAGACUGACGUGGACGUUACUCAGGAUAUCCCUGCGCUUUGCGAAUCCACCAUGAAAACCGGUCUCGCUCCGUUCAAGGAGCUUCUUGGCAGGAUAAACGCCGGAGAUGAUGUUCCUCCGGUGACCUGUAUUGUAUCCGACGGGUGUAUGAGUUUUACUCUUGAUGCUGCGGAGGAGCUUGGUGUCCCGGAGGUUAUUUUCUGGACAACCAGUGCUUGUGGCUUUUUGGCUUAUGUACACUACUAUCGCUUCAUCGAGAAGGGGUUAUCUCCACUCAAAGAUGAGAGUUACUUGACCAAGGAGAAUUUAGACACAAAAAUAGAUUGGAUUCCAUCAAUGAGAAACUUAAGACUAAAAGACAUCCCUAGCUUCAUCCGUACGACUAAUCCUGACGACAUAAUGCUCAACUUCCUUGUCCGUGAAGCCGACCGAGCUAAACGCGCUUCUGCUAUCAUUCUCAACACGUUCGAUGAUCUCGAGCAUGACGUCAUCCAAUCCAUGCAAUCUAUUUUACCUCCGGUUUACUCUAUUGGCCCGCUCCAUCUACUAGUGCAACAAGAGAUCGAUGAGAACAGUGAAAUCGGACAAAUGGGAUCGAAUCUGUGGAGAGAAGAAAUGGAGUGUCUGACUUGGCUCGAUACCAAAUCUCAAAACAGCGUUGUUUACGUUAACUUCGGGAGCAUAACUGUGAUGACAGCGGAACAGCUUGUGGAGUUUGCAUGGGGCUUGGCGGCAACGGGGAAAGAGUUUUUUUGGGUGAUCCGACCGGAUUUAGUAGUCGGAGAUGUUGCAAUAGUUCCGCCUGAGUUUUUAACGGAGACCGCGGACCGGAGAAUGCUGGCGAGUUGGUGUCCUCAGGAGAAAGUUCUCUCUCAUCCGGCGAUCGGAGGGUUCUUAACGCACUGUGGAUGGAACUCGACGCUGGAAAGUCUCUGCGGCGGAGUUCCAAUGGUUUGUUGGCCAUUUUUCGCAGAGCAGCAAACCAACUGUAAGUUUUGUUGUGACGAGUGGGAGAUUGGGAUUGAGAUUGGCGGAGAUGUGAAGAGAGAUGAGGUUGAGGCGGUGGUUAGAGAGUUGAUGGAUGGAGAAAAGGGAAAGAAAAUGAGAGAGAAGGCGGAGGAGUGGCGGCGUUUGGCGGAGAAAGCGACGGAGCAUGAGCUUGGUUCCUCUGUUGUGAAUUUAGAGAAGCUUGUUAGCAAUGUUCUUUUAGGAGAGUAG